UAUUGGUUGAACACGAUGAUCAAGAGUUUUGUUGUUGAUGAAAUUUUGAAGUUAUUAUUGCAUUUCUUUCCCUCAUGGUUGUAUGAGAUAUCACUGUCUCACCGAGGAAAGCCAUAAACUAUAUAACUGAAUUGAUUAUUUUUUAUUUGUCCGAGCUGUUAUCAUCUGAUUGUGCUGUGAUUCUUAAAAUUUCUCGAAUUAAUUGCUUUGUUUGCAGUAUCAUGGAAUAAAGUAUGAUCACAAUCUUCAGUGAUGUGUAAAGGCUGAAUGGAAUCGUUUUUUUCUUUUUGUUUGAAUAAAUAAUUUGCUUGUAAAUGUCCGUGUCUUUGUGCGUUCUCCGUAUUGAAAUCGACGAAGAUCUUCCCGAAAUGGGCGAUAAUCCUGCUGAAAUGGAAGCUGCUAAAGAACAGAAGAAGAAGGACCGAGGAGCUCGUGAGUCCAAAACUAUUACUGUAGAGACAUAUGCUAGUGUCCUGACAGGACCAAACACGGACACAGGGAUCCUGCCCACUAGCUCCAGACGCUCCCCUCCUGAAAACAGCAUGUCUGAAGAAGAAGACACUAUUAGUUUCUUCUGUGGAAACCCUCUUGUUGAAGUCACAAAGGGAGUCCUACAUCUGUAUAAAGAAAAUGAAAUGAAAGAAGCAGAAGAGGCAAAGACCCUGUGUCUUCUGUCUGUACCUGGGGCUCUGGGAGCUCCCGACCUCCUGGCCUUUGCAGCAGCCUGCCAGCAGGACAUUGCUCACGUCAGGGUGCUGAGGGAUGGGUCACCUGAUCAUUACAUGGCUUUGUUUACAUUCCGCACAAGUGACGCGGCCCGUGAGUUCCACGAGACAUUCGAUGGGGUGCCGUACAGUAGCUUGGAGCCCAAUGCCUUGUGUCACAUGGCGUGGGUGUCGCGCGUGGAGUGGGCCCGGGACGGCACUCCGCCCCCCUCUCACACCGAGCUGCCCACAUGUCCCGUGUGCCUGGAGCGCAUGGACGAGAGUGUGGCGGGCGUGCUGAGCGUGCAGUGCGCGCACGCGUUCCACGCGGAGUGCCUGGUGCGGUGGCGCGACGCGCGCUGCCCGGUGUGUCGGUGCGCACAGACGCCGGAGCCGCGCGGGCAGGCUGUCUGCUUCCAGUGCGAGCGUGCCGCUCUCGCAGAAGAAGAUGGUGAUGAGACGCGCGAAAACAUUAGCGGCGUGGCUGAGGGAUUGUUGGACGGCGUGGAAGCUGGCACGCUGUGGAUCUGUCUCAUCUGCGGGAAUGUUGGAUGUGGCAGGUAUGAAGGUGGACAUGCAGCUAAACAUUUCUUAGCGUCAAACCACACAUACGCACUGCAGUUGGGAUCUAAUCGAGUUUGGGAUUAUGCAGGUGAUAACUUCGUUCACCGCUUAGUGCAAAACAAAGCUGAUGGUAAGCUGGUGGCCGCGGAGGGGGGAUUCACUUCGGAAGACUCGGCCUGUGGGGGGGAGAAACUGGACUCUGCACAGCUGGAGUUCACGUACAUACUGACGCAGCAGCUCGACAGCCAGCGUAUGUUCUACGAGGAGAAGAUGAACAAGUUAGAAGCAGAACACAUAUCGGAGUGUGAGAAGCUCCGGUUCAGGGCUACUGAGGCGGAGGCCUCGUCCUCCAAGCUGAGCGAGCAGGUCGCCACGCUGACCAAAGAGAACAAGAACUUGGAGAGAAAGCUGCAGCAAGUUACUAACAAGCUAGCAGUAUUCCAGAACGAGUUGUCAGAGGAACGAGGCCUGGCUGCCGCCCUCGCUAACAGCCAGGCGGAGUGGCAGGCCAGGGCUAAAGUGAAGGAAGAGAACUUUGUUAAAGAGGUGUCCGAGCUAAAAGAACAGCUGCGAGACGUGAUGUUCUUCGUAGAAGCUCGAGGACAGCUGCAACAAGCUGGAGCAUCCCACGCCGAGCUGGCCGACGCACAGGUCAGCGUGGCCCCGCCGCCCAAACCGCGCCGGCGGCGGCGGUAGCCAGCUAGUAUGGUGACACUACGCUUACAUCAUUAAAUAUACCACUAUUUUAAUCAAAACUCAUUGUUGAAUAGUAUAACAAUCUUCAGCUAUGAAGUUACCAUAUAAACUGCAGUUUUGUAGGCCUUUAUAGAGAUGUAGUGAUAGUUAUUGGCAAUUUGUGUAAAAAUAUUUUAUCCCACCUUCUAUUACUAUUUACAUAGCAACUAAACUAGGCAGAAUCUACAAAAACUUCCUUCAAUAGAUGUUACACACAAAUAGAUUGUCUUUAGCAGAUUGAAAUAAUAUAAUCAGUUUUUUUUUCCAAUUCGUGUAAGCGUAGUGUAAUUUAUUUAACUGUAAUUUAAUAAAAAUGUAGAUUUAAUGUUGAUGUAAACCCCUUGCGUAAAUGUAAUAAAAUAAAAGGCUGUAUAUUCUUCAAAUAUUUAAUGAUUGAAACGCAAAUGUGUCUUUAAAAAGUAAUAUAACUAUCUAUGUGGCCCAAAAUAUAAAAAAAUAAAUAUUUAUUGUAUUUUACAAAAUUAUCACUGACUAUUUAACAACUGUGGCUAUCAAACUAUCACAUUCUCUUUUUAUUUAUUUGUAAAAAACAAAAUUCAAUUAAAGAUGGAGAUUUGAAAUGUAAUUAAUUUCCUCUAGGGUUGCCACACUUGCCACGUUUUCCAAUAUGAGGGUAAAAGUAUGCAGCUUUCAUGGAAUGUCUCGAAUGCUGCCAGUCACUGUGAUAAAUGUUCAUAGGUUGUAAGUGAAAAUAUUAUUUCGAUGUAUUUUUGUGACUAAAUUUCUGUGCUCAGUCACACACUUAAAUUGAUAAGGACUCAUGUCGUGUAAUAAUAUAAUUGGUAAAUUGUAGAUUAUUAAAACAUUUAAUUUACUGUCGUGAAUAAAGAUGAUGAAUAAAUA